UGCACCAUUGUGUCACAUAACUUGCAGAAUGGCAAACGCCCUAACCGCAAUCCUAUUGGCACUCACAAUUGUUGUCGCUCGAGGGGAUCCAUUUUUCGGCAACAACUACCAAAUUCCCCAUGGAGCAGCCCUGGCACGACAUGCUUCCGCAGUCGUCACCAACCUAAACAACGCCCGAAACUCGGUGUCUUCCUACGUUCGGUACCCUCCAACGGCUUCACCGUCCUUGAAUGAGGGCGCCAUCGCGCUUCGGGAUUACAUUGGAAACGUCAGUGCGCUGGCUGGAAGUGUGUACACAGAAGUAUCCAGAGCGGCCACCGAUCGUACAACGGCGCCGGUGGUUGUGUUUUCGAUGAUCAGUACCCGGUUGAACGCUCUGCAGCCAUUACUGCAAAAUGGAUCACUCUAUGUGGAAUCGUUGGCAGCCAACUUUGACUCAGAAGGAGACAACAGCACGUCAUCCUAUUUUGCCUGGUGGAACGACAUCCUUCGAUCGGACAGCCUUGUUCUGAUGAAACUUGUGCACAACGUUAGUCAAGUCAUCGACUCAAUCGCAGGCCAGGGACUCAACACUCAGCAAUUCGUAGCGGCCCUUUCAGUUAACGGAUUACUGCAAGAUUUGAUCGAUGCAGUUCAAAAAACUGCUGCCGCUUCGGGUGAUCUAUCCUCAACGGUUAGCAGUUUAGUGGGUGCCAUAAAUAACGCCAACAGUUUCCGAUCGACAUCGAACUCUCGAAUUCAAAGCAGUCGCCAAUCAGCUGUCUCGAUCGUUAACAGCUACAUAAGCUCAUCGAAUGCAUCGUUCAACUCGAUUAUCGUCGCCACAGACACGCUUUUUGAUCAUCUGAAAACGGUCAACGAAUCGUUCGUGUUUCGCUGGCCGCUUCUUCUGAGCGAUCGCGUCGAACAGAAACUAGAUCUCCUGAACCGAUCGAUCGAGAGUUUGAUCGUCAAUCUACACUUCCGUCGCAGCGUUGUUGAGACGCAUUAUCUGUUCACGCGUGCGGUUUUUGCCAACGAGAACGAACCGCAAUCCUAUCUGGAGGACGAAUCCGAACAGCUCACAAGACGCCUGGUGAACGUGCUCAAUCCGGAUGCCUGUGCUUCAAACUUCCGUACGCCGUUUCUAGCGUUGCCUGGAACUGUGCAAUCACAACUUAGUCAGUGCAUCAACAGUCAACUGGGAUUGGAGCGACAAGGGGCGAGUCAAGUUCAGUCCAUUGCGAACAACUUCUUACGGGGCUACGUCAGUGCCGUUUACAACAGUUUGGAGAUUUGUUACAGCCAUCCGUAUGAAACUAUGAGUAACUGCUUGGACGAGAUUGUCGACACCAUAGACUUUGGAGGGAAAUUCUUUCUGCUGGAUACGGUAACGUUUUAUCUGUUCGAGCAGGUGCAGGCGGAACUGAUCAACUGCAAUUCCCGAUUGCAGAGCUAUGUUCGGAAUGUUGGACUACGAGCUAACUGCCAGUGA